ACGCCAUUACGGCCACAAGGAAAACAAUGAAGGUAGAUGUCGAAGUUAUCUCUCACGACACUAUCAAGCCAUCUUCAGUGACCCCACUCCACCUCCGCCAUUACACUCUCUCCUUCAUAGAUCAAAUAACACCUCAAAUUUUCAUGCCUUAUGUUCUGUUUUAUCCGAGAGAUGCCGAUAGUGAUCUCAACAGUUUUGCAGAUCGCCAAGAUCGGAUUAAGAAAUCUUUGUCCGAGGCUUUGGCAGUGUUUUACCCGCUAGCAGGGCGAGUUAAGGGCAAUUCUUACAUUGAAUGCAACGAUGAGGGUGUCCACUACGUGGAAGCCAAGGUAAGCUGUACUCUUUCAAAGUUUCUUGAGGAUCCAAACCCAUCUGAGCAAAUCAAAUUCUUGCCUCACGACUUGGACGAUGAUAAUGAACUACCCUUAGCCGUUCAAGUCAGUGUUUUCAACUGUGGUGGGAUUGUUAUGGGACUGACUUUCGCCCACAAGGUUAUGGAUGCUUCUUCAUUCUUCUUGUUCCUAAAUAGUUGGGCUGCUAUUGCUCGUGGCGAUAGCAACAUAGCUACUCCAGUGUUCGAAUCUGCAAUGAUCUUCCCGCCGGAAUCGGGUCCCACCUAUAAUCCAGGUAGGGGGACGGGAAAGGACAAUAUCUCCAUAAAGAGAUUUGUCUUCGACUCGUCCACUAUAGCGAGUCUUAAGGCCAAAUACAGUAGUGACAGCUCGAGCGUCAAGUACCCAAGCCCCACUCGCGUGGAGGCUUUAUCAGCUUUCAUAUUCAGUCGCCUCUUGGCUGCCACCCACCCGGAAGCGAACCCCAAUAAGUCCUACAUCGUGUUUCAAGCUGCAAAUCUACGCACGAGGAUGAACCCACCACUUUCGGAAAAUUAUUUUGGGAACAUGAGCGUGGGCACGGGUACUGAAGUAUCUCGAGACAAUGCUAAUGGCUUUCACGGAAUGGUUCUUCCAGUGAGAGAUGCCAUAAGGAAAGCUGACAUAAAUUAUGUUAACAGUCAUCGAGAGGGUGGUGCGAACUUCACCUUUCAAUUGGACAUGGAACGAUUAAGGAAAGGAGAGGUGGUUAACUUAUGUUUCACCAGCUUGUGUAGGUUUCCUACAUAUGAAGCUGAUUUUGGAUGGGGGAAGCCUGUCUGGACAGGAUCAGCUAGAUUGCUGUUCAAGAAUCUAGUUACUUUCUUUGACACAAAAGAAGGGAAUGGAAUAGAAGUAUGGAUUAACUUGGAGGAGGAGGACAUGGCUAAAUUUGAAGUUGACAAGGAGCUUCUGGCUUAUGUUUCUUCGGCCAAGAUUUCCGUUGAUUAGGCUAUGACGACCUCCUAAUAGUACGUACUUGGAUGCUUUGAUGGGCAUGAUUGAAUGCCUUUAAAAUUUAUUAGAUAUGAUCUAUAUAUAUGGCUUGGGCAUAUAUAUAAUAUUAUAAGAUCAGUAUGAUUUAUGUAUUUUCUUUUCUUUUCAAAGUGUGUGUGUGAAAUAAGU